AUGCAUCGCUACGUUCUACUCUUGAGAGGAAUCAAUGUCGGAGGAAGUAAAUCCAUCAAAAUGGCUGAUUUGAAAAAGACGCUGAGUAAUAUUAAAUUUAAGCCUUCUGAUGAUAAUAAUAAGUCAUCAUCAAAUAAUUCAUCAAAUACUUCAUCAUUGAAUAAUUCUAAUAAUUCUGAUGAUUCUGCUGGUGCGGUUGAUAAUAUUCAAAAAUUGCAAAAUAUUAAAAGUUAUUUAGCGAGUGGCAAUGUAAUUUUCGAUUUGAAUUUAAAAUUGCUUUCCAAUGAUGAGAGAAGACUGGAGGAGGAAAUUACCAAUAUUCUGAUGAAGGAAUUUACCUUUGAUGUACCAGUAAUGAUUAGACAUGCCACAGAAUUUCAUCAAAUUAUUGCCAAUAAUCCAUUCUACUCGGUGAAGGAGAAGAAGAUUGAUGAUUUGUACAUUUGCCUGUUGAUUUCAAAACCACAAGGUGAAUUGGUGGAGAACAUGAUGAAGGAUAAUAAGGAUUCCUAUUCACCUGAUGAAUUUGAAAUUGUGGAUUCAACAGAUGCUGCUGAUGCUACUUGUUGCAUUUACCUUCGAUUGAAAAGUGGUGCUGCAAAAACUAAAUUGACCAAUAACAUGUUGGAGAAAAAGUUCAAAGUGAAUGCAACAAGUAGGAACUGGAAAACAAUGUUGGAAUUGAAGAAGUUACUACAGUAA